GGGCGCUCCUCGUUUCAUGACUCGGUGUAAUCAUGGCUGAUCGCGAUUGAGAGAAGCGUCACCGAGAGGAAGAAACGGCAGUAUGAAAUCUAUGGAAUACACACAUAUAAUGAACAACCAGACGGAUAUUCAACAUUAUAAGAACGGAAACACUGCGGACAUGAGUAAAAUACCUCAAAACACAGACACCGAAGAUGAACCAUUACUGAAAGAAAAUCCAAGACGAUUUGUCGUUUUUCCUAUCCAGUAUCCCGACAUCUGGAAGAUGUACAAGCAGGCUCAGGCAUCAUUCUGGACAGUGGAGGAAGUAGAUUUGUCCAAAGAUCUGGUACACUGGGACAAGUUAAAGCCAGAUGAGAAACACUUCAUUUCUCAUGUGUUGGCUUUCUUUGCUGCAAGCGACGGCAUAGUCAAUGAGAAUCUUGUACAGAGGUUCAGUCAAGAAGUGCAGAUCCCCGAGGCCCGCUCUUUCUACGGGUUCCAGAUCUUUAUUGAGAAUGUCCACUCUGAGAUGUAUAGCUUGCUCAUCAAUACAUACAUCAGGGACCUGAAGGAGAGGGACUACUUAUUCAACGCUAUCCAGACUAUGCCUUGUGUGAGAAGAAAAGCAGAUUGGGCUUUACAGUGGAUUUCAGAUGCAAGAUCAACCUUUGGUGAGAGACUUGUGGCAUUUGCAGCAGUGGAGGGCAUCUUUUUCUCUGGGUCCUUUGCCGCCAUCUACUGGCUGAAGAAGAGAGGUCUCCUGCCUGGUCUCACCUAUUCCAAUGAACUCAUUAGUAGAGAUGAGGGUCUGCACUGCAAUUUUGCCUGCCUGCUCUACUCCUACCUGGUAAAGAAACCCUCGGAGGACAGAGUGAAAGACAUCAUUACCAAAGCUGUCACAAUAGAGCAGGAGUUCUUGACAGAGGCUUUACCUGUGGAUCUCAUUGGGAUGAACUGUAAUCUGAUGAAGCAAUAUAUUGAGUUUGUGGCUGACCGGCUACUUGUAGACCUGGGAGUGCAAAAAGUCUAUCAGGCAGAAAACCCUUUUGACUUCAUGGAAUCGAUCUCAUUGGAGGGGAAGACAAACUUCUUUGAAAAGCGGGUUGCUGAAUACCAAAGAUUCGGUGUGAUGUCAAAUGGUAUGAUGGACUGUGAGUUCACACUGGAUGCUGAUUUUUAAUGCUGCCAUUAUUUGCUACAAAGUUAUUUAUUCUGUUUUUAUUUUAAAUUAUGGAAUGUCAAAAAAGGAAAAGGCUGUCAGACUAAGAGGUCAAUGAAUGGUUUGUCAGGAAUUGCGUGUGUAUGGGUGUGGGUGUGUGUUUUGUAUUAAACUUAUCUUAAAAAUCA